AUGACGUUCCAAUUCUCUAGGCUCGUGCCUCCCGUUGCGGGCCAGCGCCAGCGCCAACGCCAACGCCGGCGCCAGGUCCAGGUCCAGGUGCAGGCAUCGUCCCCAUCACUGACAUCUUCCUCCGCAUCGACAUCGACAUCUCCACGAAUUCGAGGUAGCAACAAUAAUUUAUCCUCGACUCCCACUUCCCAAUCUACGACUAAUGAUAUAUCCAUGUCGAGUUCGGUGCCUGUGGACGGGCCUAGCACUAAUGCCACCAUUAUAAGUCUUACAAAAAAGUUCAGAACCCUCGGACGAUUGAGCCCAUGGGUGAGAUCCGGGGAGCUUCGAACACCCCCUGAAGAAUCCUACCUCUGCGAUACCUGCCUGCGGCUGGACCUCCGAGUGGAAUCUUUUUGUGUACAACCGGGAGACACCGAGUAUGAAAAACAGCACAAAUUCAGAUAUCUAGGAAGACUAUCGCAGAUACGAAGAAAAACACACUGUCCCUUUUGUCGGCUGAUUUUAGCCAUAGCAGAUCGACCCUUCGACCAGAGAACUCCAAGUUUACAUGCAGAUGACGACCCCGUAUGUUAUGCACGCUGGGUGGUAGACGGGCAGGAAGAUACAGGGCCAGAUCCGGACAGACCUGGAGAACAUAUCUUUAGACCAAAAACACGUCGCUUGUUGAUAUAUAGCGACCCCCAAGCCUUCAAGGACGGCUACAUUGUGCUUUUGGCCGACGAUGCACCAAGCCGGGAGUUUUUUGGGCGUCGAAUAACAUCUCCGGACCUUCUGGACGCGGAGGUCCUGCGAAGAUGGCUCCACGUCUGCGAGACCACUCACGGAGAGGAGUGUGAAGAAUCCUUGGUGCAUCCCGAUCUAUUAGGACAACCGAAGAAUGUCUUUCGAGCCAUUGAUGUGAAUAACAUGUGUAUCGUUGCGGUACCUCAGUCCUCAAGAUACGUGGCCCUGAGUUACCUAUGGGGCAAGAAUUUCAUGCAACUUUUCACCACAUCCAAAAAUCUCCCAAAGUUGUCACAGCCCGGAGCACUAGAAAAAGAAAAACUCCCUCGAACAAUCAAGGACACCAUCAAACUCACCAAGAUGCUUGGAGAGAGAUAUCUCUGGACCGACAGUCUAGCGCUCUUACAUGAUGACGGGUUUCAGUACCACGAUGACUGGGUCUAUGCACGAGCUACUGUGACGGUCGUUGCUGGGUCGGGGAAAGACGCCAAUGCAGGCUUACCAGGCGUGAGGAAGGAAUCUCGAACUUUCCACCAGAAUAUUGAGGAAGUCAAACCUGGCCUACGCCUGAUGGUGUCGCAUCUUGCAGAGGAUUACAUAUCGACCUCACAGUGGGAUUCUCGGGCCUGGACAUUCCAAGAGAGAAUGUUGUCGAGACGUUGCCUGUUGUUUGUGAACGGACGAAUAUACUACCAGUGUCGACGGACGACAUUCUGCGAAGAUAUAGAAAUGCCCAAAGGCAACGGCUGGUCACUGGACUCGAUCGAUAUGCCAACACGGAUCUUCCGAGACAGACCUUUUGUACAAUUUACAUCAGCAGUCGAGUUAUAUACACGUCGGGAGCUCACGAACCCAGCAGACAUCCUGAAUGCCUUUGAAGGGGUUCAACUGGUGCUGGAAAAACGAAUCGGCGCCAAAAUAUACUAUGGUGCCCUGGAAACCAUGAUGGAUUCAUCAUUAACGUGGGAAUCUAAUAAGAGACUGCUUCGACGGCCAGGGUUCCCCAGUUGGUCUUGGGCAGGAUGGGUGGGGGAAAUACAGUGGAAGUAUACGGAACCUGCACGGUCAUGGAUCGAAUGGCAUGCUGAUCGAGAUGAUGGCAUUCACACUUUUCCCAGACAAGGAUUCGAGCGAACACCUCCUCCGAUCGAAAGAGCUGGUAAUGAACAACCCAUGUCGAGCCAUAAUAUGAGCAAGACAUUCCCACUGCUACAUUUCCGGACUGUCACUGCCCAUUUCACACUCACCUCUCCCGCCCUCAUCCACAAGUCGGUCAUUUCGCCUUUGAGAAAGCGACUUACUGGUCCCAGUGCAUUGUCAACGGUGAGGCCGGCACCCGCGGAUCCUGGUCUCAUUCGAGUUGGGAUAGCAGACAAGAACGGAUUGUGGUGCGGCACCAUCGAUCUCGACCUUAUUUGGAUGAAUCGAGCCGGUCGAAGUUUUGAAUUUUUGAUCAUGUCCAAAGUCGGCCGGUUUACUGAUGACGAACUUACAAUUUGGGAAGGCACAUUGCCUGAUGAUGUCGAGGACAUUUUGGCGGGGCGAAAUUACGGCGUUUACAAUGUCAUGUUGGUGUCGAAACGAGCUGGCAUCUACUACCGGGAAGGUUUGGGACGGGUACUGGCCGAGAGUCUGUCAAGGGCUCUCGAACCUGGGCCAGAAUGGAAGGAUAUAGUACUUGGUUAG